CGAAAGACCUCCAACACAAAAAAAACCCUACCACCUUUUGCAGCCAUUUCCAAGCAAUUGGGUGCAAACCGUUUGUAUCUUUUUUUUCUCCUUCAUUUGAUACAAUGUUAAAAAGACCAGCUCCCGAGUCUCCAGGGCAGCCAUCGAAACGCCGCCGCCCAAAUACUUUACCUCACAUCACUCGACUUAGUGACGAACUUCUUCUACGCAUUGCGUCCUUCUUACACAUUAACGACCUCGCUUCCUGCCAGAGAGUUUCGAAACGGUUUCAACGAAUUGCUCGCGAUGACCAGAUUUGGAAAGCACUAUUUUACGCUCGAUUUGUACGCCCAAGAGCAUCACGUAUUCCGGGCCUUGCGCGCGCGCCCCCUUCAAGCUUACAUUAUUCAUCGCGGAAUUCUCGAUGGCUCCAAGAUGAAGGACUUGCAAGAGCUACUGGAACAAAGUGGAAGGAGUUGUAUAGGUUAAGGCAUAAUUGGAAUAGAGGAUCCUGCAGUGUUAGUCAAAUCAUUAUCGCGGAAAAUCCGCCGCUUCCACCGCCGAUACCGCCACUGAUGAUUAGGGGAUUGGUCUUUACAGUCGACCCCACCAGUGGUCUGAGAAUUUGGAGACUGGAACACAGAGGUGUUCCAGACAUUGGUCUGGAUCUCUAUCAAGGCUCUCUAGGAUUCGAAAGAUACGGCGUGCCCACCGCACUUGCCAUCGAUGAGGAUAGCGAUGUUAAACAGGUCGUGAAUGUCACAGUCGGAUUUGAAAAUGGGGGCUUUGGAUUGUAUCAGCUGGACACAGCCACUGGAUCAUUACCAAAGCUGACCUUUGAAUAUUCUUACGCUGGGCCCGCUCCUUCUGCGGGAGACAGCCGUUCACAAGGGCUGAUGAUCACUUCUAUGGCUUAUUGUUCACCAUACCUGCUAACAAUGUCAUCCUCGCAGCUGCUCACAGUCUAUCGGUUCAGCGGAUCAGCCGACAGAGGCAGCAGCAGCACUGAGAGGGAUUUCAGCAAGGAUUUACCGAUACCAGAAGGCCGCAUGAUGCAUGCACCGAAAAUCCUCUCAUCUUUGCGGUCACAUACAGUUUGGCCCCCCCUAUCACUCUCGCUACGACGAUCAGCGCAAAAGUCCAUGAUUGCUAGUAUUGCGUACGCAUUCCCGCUUCACAUCUCAGGUUGGUCCGUAGGGAUCCAAGAACUCCGCUUUACGGAUGACGCGGAUACUGUGGUGGAGUCAAGGAUUGCAACGGCAGUGCCCACCAGUUUCACUCCGUUCGGUACAACCACUUCCGGAGGAUCGUCACCCGUGGGGUCUCCAGCCCCGCCCACGGAAGGAGGGGGUGGUAUUGGGUCCAGGUCCAGAUCACAACAAAAUAUAAACAAUGAUACACCUCUGGCUCAGCCUUCGUCUAUCUCGUACACCCAUCCAUACCUCUUAGCCUCGCAUGCCGAUAACACCCUCACUCUCUACAUGGUAAAAUCGAAUGCUGCAUCAUUGUCCAUAGAGCCCGGGCAGCGUUUGUGGGGUCAUACGUCUUCGGUCUCUACUGCCCAAGUGAGUGGCCGUGGUAAAGCAGUUUCUCUCUCUAAGAGAGGCUCCGAGCUUCGUGUUUGGGAACUAGAAGGUGGAGUAUCAGAACGUCGGAGGUUGAAUGCUAGCGUCAAGGUGGAGCCACAAGUUUCUCGGCAGACCGGCGCAAGAAGCCACUGGAGAGUCGAUGAUGUGGGAUGGCUUGGUGGAUUUGAUGAAGAAAAAGUGGUGGUGUUGAGGGAGCAAGACGAAGGGAGACGUGCACUGAUUGUUUACGAUUUUACUCUCUAA